CAACUUAUUAUCAAUACUGAGUACAAGCAAGUACAGUUGCUUGACCGAAUAUGGACUCGAUCAAAUCCUGUGAUAUUUGUUCCUUAUCUCCAAAGUUAUCUGUCGUACAAGCAUGUCAAAUAUAUGUUCUCCAUAUCUAAUUCUUCGUACUCAUUCCCCCUCCUGCUCCACAAGUACGGAGUCGAGGAACUAAACAACAGUACUCGUACAGUACCUACAAAAAGAUCUCCUUCAUAAGUAAGGGUCCAUACCCAGCAAGAUUUCUUUUGAUUUUGCCAUCUUCGCCAUCUUUACCAGUAGCAGACUUAAUAAUUGCGCCGAUCUACCCAUUUUUGCUUGCGUAUCCGAUCAAAAGAGUUUCCAGCCCCAUUUUCGCUAUUGCAUAUGCAAAAAGCCUGUCAGCAAAUAAUCAAAUUGUGCCCAAUCAAUCAUAUCAUCCGCAGAAGGAUUACCCUAUCCCAUACCACCAGUUGUUCACCGUUGAAUUGUCUCGCCCAUCGUUUCAAUCCACCCACUGCAUUGUGAAGAUAAUUCCAUAGGCUCAAAUGCCCAAUUAAUUUUGAGGCUAUUGGGGUUAGAAAGUUCGAAUGGCGGGUUUGAACGAUAUUCAUAAAGUAAGGCGCAGGCCAAAAUUUCGAGAUGGCGAAUUAGAAGAUGGCAAAGUUCAUAAAUCACGAUCAGGACGACAUGAAGGAGAGGACGGAGUUACAUCAGUUGAGCCUGAUGUUUCUGAAGUCCGCAGACUCCGUCUAGAAAGACUCGAGGGGAAUCCAACAAAUCGAUCGACCCGCAACAGUGCAGCAGCAACUGAAAAGAUGCCCGCCGAUUCAAGUACGACAGUUGAUGCGACGAAAUCAUCAUCGAGUCAUAGAAGAAGAAGACGACAUCAUACUUCAGAAGAUGGUGCUGGACAUCAUUCGCGAUCAAAAACAAGUGAGAGGGAGGAGAAAUCGGGGGGUGAUUAUGUUUAUGCUGCCCCAAGGGAGAGGCAGAGGGAGAAGGAGAGUGGAAGUAAGAACAAGCCUCGGGAGGCGACUAAAACGGAAAGGAGACGCCGGGACGAAGAGGAUGAGUCUAGUAGUGAUUCCGAAGACGAUGAUAACUCCCCAGUAGAACCUAUGGAUCCAAAGUCGAAGAAGAGAACCAAGGCUGUGGUUCCGGAGCAACCAAAAAGGUCAAGUUCAACUAGGAGGGUGAAGGAAGAGGAUAAAGAUAAGUCGCCUACAAAGGGCUCCGCAGAUGUAGGAAUCUCAGGGUCGAAAAGUGCGUCGCGUAGAACUAAAAUCACUGCCGGUGAUUCCGUGUCACGCCCUCCACUUUCGAGGAGUGCAACGACUCGCAUUACCACGGAGCCUGCGCCAAUACUGAGGAGGAGUAAUACAACAGUGCCAAAACCACCAGCAUCUGUCGCAAAUACAACCACUUCACAAACAUCACAACGGCGUGGUAGUUUUUUAGGAAGUUUCUUCUCAUCCGGACCACCACCACCUCCUCCUCCACCCCCCGAGCCGGAAAAGCUUGUCGAAUGUCUCACCUGUCUAUCCGAUGAUAUUCCCAAAUCUAAAUGUGCCAAACUACGAUGUGGCCAUCGAAUGUGUCAUUCUUGCCUCAAACGGAUAUUCCGACUAUCCGUUAAGGAUCCAGCACAUAUGCCACCAAAAUGUUGUACAGCAGAACACAUUCCAUUGAAACAUGUCGAAAAGCUAUUCGAUGUACCUUUCAAGAAACUUUGGAAUAAGAAAUAUCAGGAAUACACUACGAAAAAUCGAAUAUACUGUCCCGCGAAGAAAUGUGGUGAAUGGAUCAAACCCGAAAAUAUUCACAAGGAGAACGGGAAAAAAUAUGGAAUCUGUGGGAGGUGUAAGACCAAAGUCUGCGCAUUGUGUAAUGGUAAAUGGCAUGGAUCGAAAGAAUGCCCUAAAGACGAGGAAACAAACAAAUUGCUUGAAACUGCAAAACAAGCUGGAUGGCAACGUUGUUACAGUUGUAGGACUAUGGUAGAGUUGAAGGAGGGGUGUAACCAUAUGACUUGUCACUGUACAGCACAAUUUUGUAUGAUCUGUGGGUUGAAAUGGAAGACGUGCAAUUGCCCAUGGUUCAAUUAUGAAACAACUGAGAACGAUAGGUUGGAUGACAUGCAAGUCCCUCAACCCGUUCCAGUUCAGGAAGCCCCUGUCAGAAAUCCAGCAGCACCUCCAAGAAAUGCUCGAGACAGAGCUAGAAGACAACCACCUGCCAAUUACAAUGAAGAGCUCGAUCAAAGACGUCGUCAAGAACGCGAAGAUGAAAGACUAGCUCGACAGCUUCAAAACUGGGGUACGGAUGGAAUGCCAACGAAUGAUCGCGAUGCAAACUAUAAUGGUGGAAUAGGCGAAGUUCAGGGGGUCGGCAAUGGCGCAAAUCAUUUCAUGAAUCAGGACUACAUACGCGAAGCUAGCGAUGUCCUAGCUCAACCUGGUGGGGUUAUGAACUUUGGACUUGGAGUUACAAAUUUUCUUCCGGGAUUUUUAAGACCACGAGGAGUGGCUGCAGCAAAUCCAACUGUUGGCGAAAUGACUGAUCGUUACCCAACGGUUGCUCCAGCUCCUGUACCUGAGCCACCUGCGGCCCCGGGUCUUGUUAGAAGACAUACCACUCGGGACACUGCAAGAGGCGCUGUUCAUACACGAAGAGCGUCAGAUAUUGUGGUGCCGAGAAGAACAAGAACUGAUUAUGCGGCUGAAGCAGCUAUCCAUGCGCCAGCUUCGAGAGCUUCUGCUACGCCUUCCAGAGACUCCAGUUCUGCAUCAAAGCCAAAGAAAGAAAAGGAGAAGAAGACUAAGUCGUCAAUACUUGCUGGGCUUGGUAGUGGAAGGAACAGAGUAGAUGCUUGGAGAAAUCACGUUGCUCCUGGUGCUCCACCUGCGGAACCGGUAUCUUGAUUUGAUUUUGUCGCCUAGAGGAAGAGCGGUUUUAGUAAACGGGUAAAUAAAUUAGGAUGAACGAGAGGGUUAUGCUUGACUACAAACCAAUUCUUACGAAAUUCGGGUGGGAUAACACAAUGAUUACAGGCCUAUGAGAGGCUUGGAUGGAUGGAUGAACGGAUGAUUGAUUGGAUAAAAGGGGUACGGACACGGGUGGGAAGGAAAGGCGGCUGGGAGAUAUGGCUAUGGCUAUCUCGUUUAUAUGGAGCAAUGACUCGGAUCAAUACCCGGCUGGCGGAUAUGGAGUUCAAUAACGACUAUAUAACGAUCAACGAUCUAUACCAUUUUUACGAAUAAUUUUCUUCUUCGCCUAAGGGUGGAUUUAGCUUAAUGUAUAU